UCCGGGCGGGUGGCUUGUUGAUAAUAUGGCGGCAGGAGCCGCCUGGGCAUCUAGAGGAGGCGGUGGGACCCACGCCCGGAAGAAGAGUCUCUUUUCGGGCUAGUGCGGCGGCCCCUGCGGACCUGGAAGUCCGGGCCGGUUGCUGAAUGAAGGGAGCAGGGCCCUCCCCGCGCCAGUCCCCCCGCGCCCUCCGCCCCGACCCUGGCCCCGCCAUGUCCUUCUUCCGGCGGAAAGUGAAAGGCAAAGAACAAGAGAAAACCUCAGAUGUCAAGCCCGUUAAAGCUUCAGUAUGCGUACAUUCCCCACAAAAAAGCACUAAAAAUCAUGCCUUGCUGGAGGCUGCAGGACCAAGUCAUGUUGCAAUCAAUGCCAUUUCUGCCAACAUGGACUCCUUUUCAAGUAGCAGGACAGCAACACUUAAGAAGCAGCCAAGCCACAUGGAGGCCGCUCAUUUUGGUGACCUAGGAAGAUCUUGUCUGGACUACCAGACUCAAGACACCAAAUCAAGUCUUUCAAAGACACUUGAACAAGUCUUGCAUGACACUUUUGUCCUCCCUUAUUUCAUUCAAUUCAUGGAACUUCGGAGAAUGGAGCAUUUGGUUAAAUUUUGGUUAGAGGCCGAAAGUUUUCACUCUACAACUUGGUCUCGAAUAAGAGCACACAGUCUGAACACAGUGAAGCACAGUUCACUGGCUGAGCCGGUCUCUCCAUCUAAAAAGCAUGAAACUACAGCAUCUUUUUUAACUGAGUCUCUUGACAAAAGAUUGGAGGAUUCUAGUUCAGCCCAAAUGCUUAUGAUUCAGUCAGAAGGAAUUGACCUGAAUUAUAGAACUAACAACACUCAGAAUCACUUGCUGCUUUCCCAGGAAUGUGACAGUGCCCAUUUUCUCCAUCUUGAAAUGGCCAAAGCAGGGACUCAUCAAGUUUCCAUGGAAACCCAAGAGUCCUCCUCCAUACUUACAAUGGCCAGUAGAAAUAGUUCCUCUUCUCCACUAAAGGAAUUAUCAGGAAAACUAAUGAAAAGUAUAGAACAAGAUGCAGUGAAUACUUUUACCAAAUAUAUAUCUCCAGAUGCUGCUAAACCAAUACCAAUUACAGAAGCAAUGAGAAAUGACAUCAUAGCAAAGAUUUGUGGAGAAGAUGGACAGGUGGACCCCAACUGUUUCGUUUUGGCACAGUCUGUAGUCUUUAGUGCAAUGGAGCAAGAGCACUUUAGUGAGUUUCUGCGAAGUCACCAUUUCUGUAAAUACCAGAUUGAAGUGCUGACCAGUGGAACUGUUUACCUGGCUGACAUUCUCUUCUGUGAGUCAGCCCUCUUUUAUUUCUCUGAGUACAUGGAAAAAGAGGAUGCAGUGAAUGUCUUACAGUUCUGGUUGGCAGCAGAUAACUUCCAGUCUCAGCUUGCUGCCAAAAAGGGCCAAUAUGAUGGACAGGAGGCACAGAAUGAUGCCAUGAUUUUGUAUGACAAGUAUUUCUCUCUCCAAGCCACACAUCCUCUUGGAUUUGAUGAUGUUGUACGAUUAGAAAUUGAAUCCAAUAUCUGCAGAGAAGGUGGGCCACUCCCUAACUGUUUCAUAACUCCAUUACGUCAGGCCUGGACGACCAUGGAGAAGGUCUUUUUGCCUGGCUUUUUGUCCAGCAAUCUUUAUUAUAAAUAUUUGAAUGAUCUCAUCCAUUCAGUUCGAGGAGACGAAUUUCUGGGAGCGAAUGCUUCGCUGAUUGCUCAUGGCUCUGUUGGCCCUCAUGAUGAGUCUCAGCCCGCUGGUUCAGACAGCUCCACUUCUCAGUCCAGUGUGAAAAAAGCCAGUAUUAGAAUUCUGAAAAACUUUGAUGAAGUGAUAAUUGUAGAUGCUGCAAGUCUGGAUCCAGAAUCUUUAUAUCAACGGACAUAUGCAGGGAAGAUGACAUUUGGAAGAGUCAGUGACUUGGGGCAGUUCAUCCGAGAAUCUGAGCCUGAACCUGAUGUAAAGAAAUCAAAAGGAUCCAUGUUCUCACAAGCUAUGAAGAAAUGGGUCCAUGGAAGUACUGAUGAGGCCCAAGAAGAACUAGCUUGGAAGAUUGCUAAAAUGAUAGUCAGUGAUGUUAUGCAGCAGGCACAGUGUGAUCAGCCAUUAGAGAAAUCUACAAAGCUGUGACUCAAGACCUGCAAUGAAGAAAAUCUGCUUUUGAAAAAUAGGAGAACUUUUUUCCUUUGGUUGGAUUCUUCAACACAGCCAAUGAAAACAGAGCACUGUAUUUGUUCCCACUGAUACAUCACUGAUGUUUCCAAGAAAGAAUGAGAGACAGUCCUAGACUUCCACCGUAAUGCAGCAUUACAUGUAGACAUAAGUGAUGCACGUGAUGUUCACACAGUGAAAGUCAUAGAGAUACAAAGUGGUAUUGUUUACAUUCCUAGAAAAUUAUUAGUUUUCUAAUGGCAAUAACCUAUGUAUGAGAGUUUGAGCCCACUGGAAUAGACAGGGACCAUUUCCUGUGGGAGGGAGAUCCGCACAAAGCUGAUAUUUGAUGUACAUUCUUGCAUCAGUGAGUUAUCCCUAGCAGCAUCAUAAAGCAGGUGCCAAAGGUGCUUUGCUUUGUCCUCCUCAAACAGGUGAGUCAGCCCCACCGAGCGCCAGGCAGCUCCGAGUGGCAGAGUGGUGCUAGCAGCUUGUCUGUCUUCAGUGGAGCAGUCUUCUGUCACAGAGGCAUUAGUUUGGAAGGAAGCUGACAGGUCAAGUCUCAGUGACAUUGUCCUCUUUGGUGGCAAUAUACAAUUUUCGCAUUUUAAUUACUCCUGAUGCAGUAUAUUUAAAACUAGUCUCUCCCCUCCUAAAAAAAGGGUGAAUCUAGUUUACUUUGAGCGUUAGGAUUUGCUCCUCUGGAAUUCUGUGCUCCAGUUACUUAACUUUCCUUUCAGAGUAUAUGUGGAAAGAAAGAAAUUAACAACGAUCACUCCAGUUUAUCUCAUGUGGUACCUUGAACAAAAUGGUUAUUCUCAGAUUGUACUAAUCUUUUUUUAAUAAGGUGAGUGAGGUGGGUGGAGGGGAGAAGCACUCGACUUUGUUUGACUGUCUCUCCCCACCCCCAUCCCCCUUUUUCUGUGAGCUGGGAAGUGUGCAGUUGGUGGCCUUUGUCCUUCUGUCUUCAGGACAGUGAAAGAAGCCUCAGUCGGCUUCUGUGUCGGGACACACAGCUAUCAGCAGGGCUGCCCAGCUGGAGAGCACACUCCACUGACCUGUGGCACCAGUGCUUUCUUGUCGCAGGACUGUUCAAGGGGAAAGAAAGUUACUGCUUUUGCUCAGACUUUGCAAAAAAAAAAAGAAAAAAGAAAUAUCUAUAUAUAUAAAUAUAUAAUUAUUAAUCACCUCUGUCCUUGAGAAAGUCUUGAAUGAAUAGAGAAUUUAUUCCAUUGCAAUAUUUGAUUGUAUAGAGGCACAGUUUCAUCAACAGAAGAAGCAAAAAGGCUGUGUAUAAGUUUUUGGUACUAUGUACCACCACUGUUAUUCUUAUAAAGCCGAAGUAUUCAUGUACUUAAAACCAUAUUCUAUUUAAUUGUGUUUGAUUUUAAAUAUAUAUAUGAAUUAUAUUUAAAAUUGUGUCAACUUUCUGCUUUCAAGGCAUUUAUGGCUCCUCUACUGAAGUAUAUUGAUCUUUCCAAAUAUUUCCAUUUGCUUUACAAAAACCCAGAACAUGAGCUACUACUGGACUUAGCCUUGUGUUUGGAGUGUGUGGCAUAGACCUGAAGUUUUUAGUAGGUGUAUAUGCUGUGAUUAACCCAUUUUGUUCUUUUAACAAAAUACUUUUUAUCCCUUUCACAUUGCUUCAAUCUUUACAUAACAGAAAAGCAAUAUAAAGGUCAUAGAAUAAAAUGUGGUUUUGGGUGACUCUUGC